AUGGCUUCGACAACUAAUGUUUCUAGCCUUAAAGCAUUAAGUGAGUCAGGUGGUCUUACCUCAGUUCCCUCAGAAUACACCUACGCCAUGAACCCAAACGAUCAAGCCGACUCCAAUGACCCUGAACAUUCAAUCCCCACCAUUGAUUACUCCCUCCUCACAUCAACUUCCCCUGAUCAACGCUCCAAGGUGCUUAAUGACCUCCGUAAGGCCUGUGAAGAGUGGGGGUUUUUCAUGCUUAUCAACCACGGUGUUAAGGAGAAUCUAAUGAAAGGAAUGAUCAACGAGUGUGACGCUUUCUUUAAUAUGACGGUUGAGGAGAAAAAGGAGUUUCAAGGGACCAAAAAUGUAUUGGACCCCAUCAAGUGUGGCACUAGUAAUAACCUUGAAAUCGAUAAAGUUCUUCUCUGGAGGGACUAUGUCAAGAUUAUAGCUCACCCUCAAUUUAAUUCACCCCACAAGCCUGUUGGUUUCAGAGAGGCAGCAUUAGAGUACACCAAAAGAACAAGAGAAGUAGCAACGGAAGUUGUGAAAGCAAUUUCAGAGACAUUGGGACUGGAAUCUGAUCACAUAGCAAAGUCAAUGAAUUGGGAUCAAGGGUUACAACUCAUGGCUGCCAACUACUAUCCAGCAUGCCCGCAGCCCGAUCAAGCCAUUGGAAUCCCUCCUCACACGGACCAUGGGCUUGUGACCCUCCUCAUCCAGAACCAGAUGGGUGGUCUUCAAGUCCAACACAAAGGAAAAUGGGUCAAUUGGAAUGGUGUGCCUAAUGCCUUUGUUGUAAACCUUGGUGACCAAAUGCAGAUUCUGACAAAUGACAAGUACAAGAGCAUAUGCCAUAGGGCUGUUGUUAACAACGUGGCGGCAAGGAUCUCUAUAGCCGUGGCUCAUGGGCCGGCGGUUGAUACAGUGGUCGUGCCAUCUCCGAAGCUAUUAGAAAGAGAAGGCCAAUCGCCUGUUUAUUCAGGAAUAUCCUACAAGGAUUAUAUUGAACUUCAGCAAAGUGGCAACUCCAACAUGAAAAGUUGUCUCGACAACAUAAGAAUAUAG